AGCAGAGGGUGUGAGCGCUGCGUAUUACCACAGAGGCAAUCUGCGCAGCUCAACUUUAAAGGCUGUGGAUCUCCAGCGCGACGCAUUCUCUGAACAGGAGCAAAAGCCGCAUUUUGAGAUAAAAAUAAUAAUAAUGACAUCUAUAAACGCCUGAACUUCUCCACCUACAUGUUUUCCCGACAUUAAAACCUGCAAGCUUAAAUAUUUUAAGACGCGUACGGCUCUGUAGCAACCAGCGAAAAGAGCGCACCAGGAACGCACCAUGCACUGUCAAGCCGAGCUGAGGCUCUCUUCCCCCGGGCAGCUGAAGGCGGCCAGGAGGCGCUACAAAACUUUUAUGAUAGACGAGAUCCUCUCCAGGGAAACUUGUGAUUACUUUGAAAAACUGUCUCUGUACUCCAUGUGUCCUUCUCUCAUCGUCCGACCAAAACCUCUUCAUUCAUGUUCAGGCUCCUCGCCGCUGCGUGGCUACCCACUUCUUUCAGUGAUCACGCGGCAGCCCCCUAAUGUGCAGCCCCAUCUGCCGCAGCCAUCAUCCCCGGGCGCGGCCUUCUCCCACCUUCCCCUCAUCUCCCCGCAGCUCCCAAGAGGCUCCGAACCCCCGCCCAGCCAGACGCCCCUCAGCAUCAGCAGUGAGUCAGAGACAGAAAGCAGCACGCCCCGCCUGAAGAAGCCCCGCCGCAGCCGCACCAUCUUCACCGAGCUGCAGUUGAUGGGGCUGGAGAAGAAGUUCCAAAAGCAGAAAUACCUGUCCACACCCGAUAGAUUGGAUCUUGCUCAGUCUCUAGGUCUGACGCAGCUUCAGGUGAAGACGUGGUACCAAAACAGGCGUAUGAAAUGGAAAAAAAUGGUGCUUAAAGGAGGUCACGAGGCCCCAACCAAGCCCAAGGGAAGACCAAAGAAGAACUCCAUUCCUACCACAGAGGAAAUAGAGGCUGAAGAGCGAAGACUGAAGAUGGAGGAAGAGGAGCAGAUGAGGAGGGGGUUUGAUGAACAUCAGGAUCUGAGUUCAGAAACUACAAAUCCGAGCGGAGCAAUCGAGGGAUCUGAUUCUGAGCAAGACCAGAAGCCACUCCUAAUGUCAGAAACUCACUUAGCCAGCUAAGCAAGAGCAAACCAACCAAGGACUAAUGCCAGCCUGAAAACAAAUAGUGCCUCAGGAUCAGUGUACAAAGCUUGUUUGGUGUAUAGAGUCGUUUGCUUUAACAGGAUGACUGGAUGCAGUGCAGUGGCGCCCAGUCCGUACCAAGUGCACCCUUAUAUGUUUUAUUGUACUGGAAAAAGUAUUAUAGAAAAACAUUAUGCUAUUACGCAAUGAUUACACUGGUAAUCCUAUGGGCUUUGGUCCAUAUUAUAAAGGAGGGUCACUGUCAAACCCAAAACAGGUCAGUUGAGCCUUCAUCAGAACAUGGUGACACAUAUUGCAUGCUCAACCAGCUUGCAGACACCUCUCAGCUCUCAAAGCUGUCAAAUAUCCAACGCUGCCUUAUAGUGGUAAAUAAGUGUCUUUGUAUGAAUAACCAACUGCCAAAUACUGUUAAUAUGUGCCUUUUUAGUCUCAGAGAAGAGCUUUUAUUUGUGGGUAAAAUAACCUUUAAAAGGCGGUAUAUUUUUUACAAUCAAGUGCCAAAUUUGGAGACAGAUUUUUACAGAUAAGCAAAUGAAACCUAAAUGUGUAGGUUUAAAUUAUACUGUACAGCUUUGAGUCUCAAAUGUCUAUUAAUUGGGUCAGGUUUUUAUAUAUAUUUUAUUUUAAAGCUAAAAACUGUCAAUUUUAGAUACAUAUAU